AUGUUGGCUCGACGCAGUCCAUAUUAUGAUUCGAGUUAUGCGUAUUUGGAUGUGAGGAAUCAAAAGACUGGCCAUCAACGUACGAUUUGCGUCAAUUACGAGCAGUGGCGCAACGGUAAAUUACCGGAAACAGCUGCUGAAGCGGAGGAAUUAAGGUUGGGUUGGUGGGGCGGUGAGGUGAACAACACGAAUGUGUGUGUGAAAAAUGCAUCGUUGACGUUCAACCAGAGCGCAGUGGCGUUGAACUAUCGUUUGGAGCGAGAGGACGGUGCUUGUGCGUUGCCAUUCGUCGCGACGAAUACAUCGUUUAAGGAUGCUGCCAACUAUAUGGCAAGUUUUUUGACUGACCGAACCAAGUCGUUGUCUCUUAUGUGGAAUUUUGCAGAUGAAAUGAUGGCUGAACAAGUGAGUGUAGGUCUAUUGUUGGUGGAAAAGGGACGGCAGUUCGUCAGUAAAUGGGCUGAUUAUUUGUUCUCGGAAUUCUACGAUCCAGACAUGGAUGUUACGUUAAAAUUACCAACGUUUUUCAUCUACAAACGAGUAUUUUUCGAUGAAGUUGUUGGUCUAAGUGAGGCAUCACCGUUGGGCAGCGAUCUGUCGCUACGAUUCUAUCGACCGCAGUCAUCCGUUUGGGAUUUAUCGAUGCUCAUCGUUUGGCUGUUGGCUGUGUUUUGCGUUGGUGUCGGAGGUUGCGAAGAACGUCGUAUAGCCGAGCAAGAUAUGCAGGCGGACAUUGCCCCUUUGGGAUUGCAGCAGCAAAUGGAACGA